GGCUCAAGUUUUCUUUGCUUGAACAAAGGCAGGUCCAGGAGGCUCAAUGUUCUGGCUUUUGGCUGUGGGCACCGUGGCCAUUUGCGCGGAUGCCAUGGACCAAGCAGACUCGUCUGGCGCAUUGCGAGGAGCACGCCAUUUGCAAGUGAAGGACUCAACAAACUUGUUCGAACCUCAGUGCAAGCCUGGGUAUGUUGAUGUCACAGGCGGCCAGGCCUAUUAUUGGUCCUGCGCCUUUUACUGCGAAGGCGGUGCAUACUUCAGCACCCCCUUCUGCAGAUGCGCCUGCCAACUGCCGCAGACGGGAGGGGAGCAGCCAGUUGUUACGGCCCCACCAAGCACAACUUCCGCUGCUUCUUAUGCGCCUGGGGGGGUCAUUGUGACAACGGCAACAAGUUCAACUGCCGCACCCAAUGCGCCAGUCCACGAGGUACCAGUUGGUGAGCUCGACGAAUGGGAGUAUACUCCUCCAUCCUUGGGCUACGGGGUCCAGACUCCAGCACCUCAGCACCAAGCAGCGCCCAGGAACGCAGACAACAUGGAUCUGAUGGUUCUGGUGUUGGGCAUUGGCGGUGGUAUCAUCGCUGCAACCUGUGCUGUCUUGGUUUGGGUGAAUUUGAUGGGUUGCCCCUGCUUGAGGCGCAAACGGGGCAACUCAAUCGCAAAGCCACCGGUGCUGAAGAUGCACUCGCCGCAAGAAACCUGUCCGCAGCCUUUGCAGGUGGAUCCGCCUUCCCGCAGGUCCAGCGUAUCCACUGGUUCCUCAAGCAGAGAGCUGCGGCCGGGAAGCUCGAAGCAGUCCAGCAACACUGUUUUCUCAGAAGCUUCUGGAAGGCAAGUUCGAGUAUCCUGGAAGAUCAAUGCAGGAAAUGAGCUCCCAGGCGGCCGUUUGCAGCUUCCGGCUAGCAAAAAUUCUUGCACGAGCACAAGCACUCGUAGCGCAAGUAAAGGCAGCUGCUGCAGCAACGCCAGCGGAGGCAGAGAAGGGCAUUGGGCUUUCAAAGGGCCUUCAAACCAGUCGCCGUCAGAACUCCAAGACCGGCCGCGAAAACUCUCCAAAGUCGGCUUGCAAUGAGGGCUGCGCAAGGCGACUGUUUUAUCCGCAAGGUGGUCUCAACAUGUGUCUUUGUUUCAUUGUGUGUAAGAACCGCGGACUCUUGUAAAGCACACUUACGCGCCAAAGUUUUCUUUGUGUGUAAGCAGUUGUAUGCAUACACUUAUGUCAGUGCAUUCAUACACAUUUAUGUCUGUCAGUUUCCUUGUGAGCUAAGCAACGCAAGGAGAGGUGCAGAUUUCAACAGCCGUUUAUCGCACCCGGGAAGAUGGCUGCAGCGCAUUUCCAAGAGAUGCGCUCCGCUUCCACGGUCCGGAGGCCUUGGGAAGGGACCGCCACAUGCAGCGGUUCUGAACCCCGCAGCGUUGAUUGUCACAGUGAUUCGGGUUUUUCCACCUGCAAUUUUGCUGUCGCUAGCGUCGCUAGCCCAAAAUCAUUCUCGGGAUCCAGUCGGGCUUCUGCCGGGCAUGGCUUGUCAGCGCCAAGCCGAAGGCAAAGACCUUCAAGAAAGCCGCUGGACCCCUCAUCGUCGCUCUAUGUACGUUUAAACUUGUGGCUCGCGUGGGCAUCCUGCAUGGCCAGGAAUGCGUUUGGCACGGCAAGACGUUAUGAAUAUAAUAUGAUAUAUUCGG